AGAUGAUAACAUGAGAGGAAGACAACCAGAGCCUGGCGCCAACUGCCCUCCCGGCUCGCUGCAGCUACAGGCACCUCAGAGACGUGCCCUCCCAGCAGCGUGCGGGAGCAGCGCCCGGACACAAGCUCAGGCACACACGGCAGUGACUGCGGCCGGGCUACCCCGCAGCAGGCGGAACGCUCCUCUCACAGCCCCGCCCUCUCCGCGAGAGAAGAAUCAGGCUCCGCGCGCCCGCCCCACUCUGCAAGACGAACAGUAACAACAACUCCGCUUUGACCCAAGGGGGCGCGACGAGGGGUCAUCACGUGAGCGGCUUGUUCGGCCUGCGUCACGUGACUCACGCAGGACUGGCGCGCCGUGUUCGAGACGGAAGUGCCGAGCGUUUGCCCCGCCCACGUGGUGGGAUGGAGUGAGGCGGCGGCGGCGCUGCGAGCCUGGACACGCCCUGCGCUUGAUCUCCAGCACUUGCCUGGCCCGCAGGUCUGUCCAUGGCGCACAUCACCAUCAACCAGUAUUUGCAGCAGGUUCUAGAAGCCAUUGAUUCCAGAGAUGGACUGUUUUGUGCAGAAUUGGUGUCAUUUAAGCAUCCUCAUGUUGCAAACCCCAGGCUACAGCUUCCAUCUCCAGAAGACAAAUGUCAACAAGUUCUGGAGCCACCAUACGAUGAAAUGUUUGCUGCUCACUUAAGAUGUACUUAUGCUGUUGGAAACCAUGACUUUAUUGAAGCUUACAAAUGCCAAACAGUUAUAGUACAAUCAUUCCUGCGAGCAUUUCAAGCACAUAAAGAAGAAAACUGGGCUUUGCCUAUUAUGUAUGCUGUAGCACUUGACCUUCGAAUUUUUGCUAAUAAUGCCGAUCAACAGCUGGUGAAAAAAGGGAAAAGCAAAGUUGGUGACAUGUUGGAAAAAGCAGCAGAAUUGCUGAUGAGCUGUUUUCGUGUUUGUGCUAGUGACACUCGAGCUGGCAUUGAUGACUCCAAAAAGUGGGGCAUGUUGUUUCUGGUGAAUCAGCUGUUUAAAAUCUAUUUUAAGAUUAACAAACUUCAUCUGUGUAAACCAUUAAUUAGAGCUAUUGACAGCUCAAAUCUGAAAGAUGACUACAGCAUGGCACAGAGAGUUACAUUCAAAUACUACGUUGGACGCAAGGCGAUGUUUGACAGUGAUUUUAAGCAAGCUGAAGAGUAUCUGUCAUUCGCCUUUGAGCAUUGUCACCGUUCAAGUCAGAAAAACAAAAGGAUGAUUUUGAUUUACCUUUUGCCAGUAAAAAUGUUAUUGGGCCAUAUGCCAACAAUUCAGCUUUUGAAAAAGUAUGAGCUUAUGCAGUUUGCUGAAGUAACUAAGGCUGUGAGUGAAGGAAAUCUUCUGCUAUUGAAUGAUGCUCUGACAAAACAUGAGACCUUCUUCAUUCGUUGUGGUAUCUUCCUGAUCCUCGAGAAGCUGAAAAUCAUCACCUACAGGAACCUGUUUAAGAAAGUAUAUUUGCUACUUAAAACCCAUCAGCUAUCUCUAGAUGCCUUUCUGGUUGCCCUGAAAUUCAUGCAGGUGGAAGAUGUUGAUAUUGAUGAAGUCCAAUGUAUUUUGGCUAAUCUUAUAUACAUGGGUCAUAUUAAAGGAUAUAUAUCUCAUCAACAUCAGAAGCUUGUGGUCAGUAAGCAGAACCCAUUCCCUCCACUUUCUACAGUGUGUUGAGUUUAUUGCACCUUAGAUGGAGUAUUUAUAAAAGACUCUACUUGUCAAUGGAACUGUUUCUCAAGUCGCUCAGUGGAAACUGUUAAUGACCUGGUUAUCUUCAGUACUGGAACACAAAAAAACUGUUCAUGACUCCUUUCCCAGUGGGAGAGGGCCUGCCAGCUUGCCCAAGCACAGAGAACAAAAUGCUCCCUUUUUAAAGUUAGUUUCUACAAACUCUGAAGUACAGUGGCUGGAAAAGAAACAAGAAUGUUCCCAAUUCAUGUUGGGACACUUGCAAAAUUUCAGCUACAAUCUUUAAAAAGCCUGCCUCACCUGUCUAAAAUGUGCUGUGUAUUGACAUCCCCUUUUUGUUCCCAUAACUAUUUUUGUCCUUAUCUGUCAAAAGCAAGUGUCCAGCGAUGGCACUUAAUCAUUUUUCUUGGGUAGAAACAAUGCUUUUAUUUCACCUGUUCUUGACCUAAGGCCUAGUUAUGUGAAACAUUGGGUUUUUUUUAGUAAGCUUGGUUGGAUACGAUGCUCUUCAAACCCUCUCUAAAAAUUAAGGACCCAUGCCUGAUAGGUGCUGCACCCCUGGAACUUCUCUUCAAUUUCAAUAGGAUUUGCGUGUACAGCAGGGUGUGAGGUGUGGUUACUAUUGCUGCUCAGAAUUGGGCCUUUGGUAACUGUACUUAACACUUGUUAGAGUUUCCCCUUGAGGCAUAAGAAUUUAUUUAGGUAACCUAGUCCUACUCCAUUUUAAUUCUGAUUUUGUGGGUCCAUUCUUUUAAGUGUUCUUUAUAUUUGCACAGCAUACCUGUUGUUCAUGCUGGUUGUUUUGUAAAAUAAUAAACCAAAUGUGAUAUUUUUC